AUGCGUAUCAGUUUUAUGUUUUAUUGGUGCGUAUUCGCUUUACAUUUGUGCAAAGCUGAUGAUGUAGAAAGGACAGAAUCUAAAGAAGGCGGACGUAGGCCACAAUGGGGUCCCGUAGUACGAAGCGGAUCAUAUGUUAACGACGCGGCAGUGACAGCAUCCAAUGAGCAAAUAUUGCUGGAGGCCUGUAACAAUGAGCAGUCAUGCCUUCAAGAUCGCGCUGGUUUAGAGGCAAUCACCCAACUCCACAGACAGCUGGACGAUGACGCCAAUGGCAACGUAGACCUUAGCGAGAGUGAUGAUUUCCUCCGGGAAGAGUUGCAGUACGAUAGCGGGUAUGAGAAGAGGCAGCGGGCCUUCCAUCACAACGAUGACAUGCAUAUAUCCGUGAAGGAGCUUUGGGAGGCAUGGCUUCGGUCAGAGGUGCACAAUUGGACGGUGGAGCAGACGGUCGAUUGGCUCGCCCAGUCCGUAGACCUGCCCCAGUACAAGACACUGUUCCUCCAACACAAAGUCACUGGCGCUACACUGCCAAGGUUGGCAGUUAACAACAUGCAGUACCUUAGCAACGUACUCGGCAUAAAGGACCCCAUACACAAACAAAAAUUGGCUCUAAAGGCUAUGGACGUCGUACUGUUUGGCCCACCUAAAGAAGGCAGUAGAUGGAAGGAUUGGUUGCUCGCGACCCUUUUGCUUGGAGCGUUCGUCGGUGCUUGGGCAGCGCUGCGAGCCGACCGAGCGAGCCGUUCCAAAAUGCAGUGCAUGCUCGAUGAAAUGGAUCAACUCCGUAAAGCCGAAAUGGCGCUAGAAGAGAUGCAGAAAGACCUAGAUAGAGCGAAAAAAGAACAGGAAAACGUAAAUACAGAAAAGAGAAACUUAGAGAAGAAACUGAAAGAAGCCGGCGACACGCCCCUCUUAAACUCUGCCUCUUCUGAUCUAGAGGUGUCACAACUUAAAGCUGAAAUAGAGAUGUUGCGUGCUGAGUUGCGUCGUGCGGAAGGUGAGCUGGAGGACAGGUGUUGGGCGCCGCCCGCCGGCCUCCAGCAGUGGUUACAGCUGACGCACGAGGUGGAGAACCGCGCCUACUUACGUAAGAAACAACAGGCCGAUCUACAGCUGCAGCAAGCCAGGGAAGCGUGCGAAAAAUUACGCAAGAAACGUUCGAGCCUCGUCGGCGCGUUCGUGUCGACUCAUGGGAAAUCAAUCGAUGACGUCGACCGUUCUAUAGUGGAAGCGCGCACCGCCCUCAAUGAGGUCACACAAGAGUUACAGGAACGGAUGCACAGAUGGAAGCAGAUCGAGCGUCUGUGCGGUUUCAACAUCAUCAAUAACAACGGCUUACAGUUCCUGGAGACCACACUUUAUAGGAAUUUGAACGGACGACCUGGCGGCAGUAGAGUGCGCAUGAGUAGUUCCCAAGACGAUCUGAGCGUUGGCGAUGACGCGUCCAUCUGCGGAUCAGUGGCAGAUAACUUUGCGUGGCGUGAAGAUUCGUCUGGUAGUGAAGCUGACGCACCACACUACCCGCUAGAUCUGAGACUCGCUGAGGCUAGGCUACAACUAGAAGAGCGUUUAGCUCAAGAAGCCCGCGAGAGACGUCAGGACGACAAGAAGUUAGAUGAGUUCAAGAUUAAAAGCUCGUAUACCGACGUGAGGAAGAGUCCGGUCGACGAUAGGCGGAGAGAUCAAGUCCAGUUCGUAUUAGGAGGUGAUAAUGUGAACUGGACUGGUGAGGAUCUGUCUCGUGCUCCGCACUCGCAGUCUCAGCCGCAACUGCGCGCGUCCCUCCGCGGGGCGCCGCUCCCCCCGCCCCGCCGGCCCCUCUCCUCAGGCCUCAUCGUGAGGUCUCGGAGCACCGACGUGGUGGCCCUCACUGACGACCCGAGACCGCCGCCGCGUAACCCAUUCACCAAGCAGAAGGCACUAGUUGAAGGUCACUGA